CCGAAGUUGUAAAAGGAAGAGAGUUAAGCUCAACCCGCCUCUGUUUUCCCUCCUUUGGCGCCUGACAAAGAUGAGAGAGGCUCUCAGAGAAGAAACCCGGGACUCUGAGAGUCCACCUCCUCCCACCCCAGUGCCCUCACAGCGGGGUCCUUCUCUCCUGUUCUCGGAAACCCAGGAGGCAGCCCAUGACCAGGCAUCGAGAUUCCACAUGCGCCCCACCCCUCCCCGCCGGCCAGCAGGUUGCCGGGCUGGAGCAGCUGAGCGGGUGGACUCCUUCCUUCCCACUGCCCGACACCCAAGCAGAGAGAACCCGAUCCGGGAGGGCAGGGUGCCAGGGGCCGGGCCCAGAAUAGUGCUGCCCAGAUACAGUGCUGCGCACUCGCUCAUGGAGCCCGCCGGAGCUGGAGCACGCGCUGCGCAGGACCCCCUCCUGGAGCAGCCUCGUGGGACCUGAGCAUCAAGAUAUGAGCUUCCUAGAGCAAGGAGAUAGCACUUCAUGGCCAUCACCAGCCAUGACCACCAGCUCAGAAAGAAGCCAUGGGGAACAGGGGACCAAGGCCUCGAGAUGGACAAGGCAGGAGGAUGUAGAGGAAGGGGAGCCGCCAGGCCUGGGGGAAGGUCUCCAGUCCAGGCCAGCUGCUGAGUCCACCGGGCUGGAGGCCACAUUCCCCAAGGCCACACCCUGGACCCAAGCUGCUCCCUUGGCUGGGGUGGACUCCCCCACAGCAGAGCGGGACAUCCUCCCCCCUGACUGUGCAGCCUCAGCCUCCGGCUCCAGCACAGACGAUCUGGAUCUGGGCAUAGAGUUCUCAGCCACAGCAGCCUGGGGCAAUGAGCUCGGCCUGGUGGAAGAGAGGCCGGCCCCAUGCCCGUCCCCGCAGGCACUGUUACCCAGGCUGGGCUGGGAUGAUGAGCUGCGGAAGCCAGGGGCUCAGGUCUACAUGCACUUCAUGCAGGAGCACACCUGCUACGAUGCCAUGGCAACCAGCUCCAAGCUGGUCAUCUUCGACACCAUGCUGCAGAUCAAGAAGGCCUUCUUCGCCCUGGUGGCCAAUGGCGUCCGGGCGGCACCUCUGUGGGACAGCAAGAAGCAGAGCUUUGUGGGGAUGCUGACCAUCACAGACUUCAUCUUGGUGCUGCACCACUAUUACAGGUCCCCCCUGGUCCAGAUUUAUGAGAUUGAAGAUCAUAAGAUUGAGACCUGGAGGGUUUUUCCUGCAGAGAUCUACCUUCAAGGCUGCUUCAAGCCUCUGGUCUCCAUCUCUCCCAGUGACAGCCUGUUCGAAGCCGUCUAUACCCUCAUCAAGAACCGGAUCCACCGCCUGCCGGUCCUGGACCCAGUCUCAGGCGCUGUGCUCCACAUCCUCACACACAAGCGGCUGCUCAAGUUCCUGCACAUCUUUCAGGGAACCCUGCUGCCCGGGCCCUCCUUCCUCUCCCGCACCAUCCAAGAUGUGGGCAUUGGCACGUUCCGAGACUUGGCCAUGGUGCUAGAAACGGCACCCAUCCUGACCGCACUGGACAUCUUUGUGGACAGGCGCGUGUCUGCACUGCCUGUGGUCAACGAAGCUGGACAGGUCGUGGGGCUCUACUCCCGCUUUGAUGUGAUUCACCUGGCAGCCCAACAAACAUACAACCACCUGGAUGUGAGUGUGGGAGAAGCACUGAGGCAGAGGACACUGUGUCUGGAGGAAGUCAUUUCCUGCCAGCCCCACGAGACCUUGGGGGAAGUCAUUGACCGGAUUGUCCGGGAGCAGGCUUCUCCAGCCCUCCCCGAUUGCCCCUGCCCUGCCUGUGCUCCCAGAAGCCCUCAGGAAUGCCUGGUCCACCGUGGAAUGAUGAAAUGAAGAACAGCUGAGUCAAGCCUGGAGCUCUCUGAACCAGAGGCACUAGGAUUACCCCAGGGCUGACUGAUUUGUGCCACCCACACUGCUGUCUCCCUACCUGGCCCCGGUGGGGUGGGGAGCCCUCAGUCCAUGGGUUCAGGAAGGGGUUCUGGAUUCCUCGGCUUCUGGACUACCUGGCACCCAUGCCCCCAGCUCCUGGGAGUCCCAGCUGUGCUUCCCCCAUGGAAACUGCCCUAGUGGUUCCUCACAACUUUGCCACUGCCCUCCUGCUCCCCCAGCAUUGCAUUUCAGGGCUGCCUGUGGGUCCCCACAAAGCAGCAGUUUUGUAGAGCUGCCUGUUGGAGUGGGGUCCCCCCUCCUUUCUCAUCCUUAGCUCUCACCAGCAAGCAGUGUUCUCAGUCCCCAGGGAGGGCCUGUGUUUGGAUCACUGAGGAUGAACCGUCGAGAAAACAAAAAGAAAAAGAACAGCCCAUGAACUUAGAUUUUAUAACUUUCACUCAGAAAAUGCUAUGGUCAUUUGAUCUGAACCUGCGGCAAGAUCCCUGUCCUUUCUGAAUUCAGUGACAC